AUGGCGACAGCAUCGCAGCCAAUCAGCUGCCCGCCAGCGAGCGGCGCGGCGCGCAUGGUGAGGGUGUCGUCGACGGAGAAGAUGGACUUCGCGCCGCACCUGCGCGACGUCUCGCAGUUCUCCUCCACGCCCACCUCGCGCGUAGCCGGCACGCCGCCGUCGCGCGGCGAGUCGCUGGGAGACUCCCAAGGCGUGGCGGCGCGCGCGUUCUUCAACUUCGGCAAGCCGGCGCUGCCCGACGUGGUGGAGGCGGGCGACCCCGUGCUGCACGAGCCUGCGCGCCCCGUGCCCGCCACCGACAUUGGGAGUCCGGAGAUAGAGAAGAUCAUCAAUGACAUGGUGGCAGUCAUGCGCACCGCGCCAGGUGUCGGCCUCGCAGCCAACCAAAUCGGCCACCCACUGCAGAUCAUCGUGUUGGAGGACACGGUGGAGCUCAUGAAGGCAUGCGACCCCGAGGAAGUGAAGCUGCAGGAGCGCCAACCCUUCAACCUGCUGGUGAUCAUCAACCCCGUGCUCAAACCAGUGGGCGACACCAAGGCCCGCUUCUUUGAAGGAUGCCUCAGGUGCCCUCCCCCCUCCCUCCCUCCCUCCCUCCCCCCUCCCUCCUUCCCCCCCUCCCUCCCUCCCCUCCCCCCUCCCUUCCCCCUCCCUCCCUCCCCUCCCCCCUCCCUCCCCCCUCCCUCCCUCCCUCCCUCCCUCCUCCCUCCCUCCCUCCCUCCCUCCCUCCCUCCCUCCCUCCCUCCCUCCCUCCUUCCCUCCCUCCCUCCUCCCUCCCUCCCUCCCUCCCUCCCUCCCUCCCUCCCUCCCUCCCUCCCUCCCUCCCUCCCUCCCUCCCUCCCUCCCUCCCUCCCUCCCUCCCUCCCUCCCUCCCCCUCCCUCCUUCCCCCAUCCCUCCCUCCCCUCCCCCCUCCCUUCCCCCUCCCUCCCUCCCCUCCCCCCUCCCUCCCCCCUCCCUCCCUCCCUCCCUCCCUCCCUCCCUCCCUCCCUCCCUCCCUCCCUCUCUCCUUCCCUCCCUCCCUCCCUCCCUCCCUCCCUCCCUCCCUCCCUCCCUCCCUCCCUCCCUCCCUCCCUCCCUCCCUCCCUCCCUCCCUCUCUCCUUCCUUCUCUCCCUCCCUCCCUCCUACCCUGCAUUACUGCCGUCACCAAGUCGAGUCUCACCCGUCUCCCCACGCCUUCCGUCCUCUGCGCGUGCCAUUGCCCAUCUGUAUGCGCGGCAGUGUGAAUGGGUACCGGGCCAUGGUGGAGCGGUACAGAGAGGUGGAGGUGUCAGGGCUGGCGAGGGACGGCAAGCCCAUCACGGUGCACGCCACGGGCUGGCAGGCCCGGAUCCUGCAGGUGAGACCACUGCCGCGCCUGGUGCUCUGGUGGAGGCGGAUAGGCUGA